AACUUCACGCUUUAAAUGUCAAAUGCCGUUCUCUAUGCCAAUGUCGAAUGUCGAACUUCUCGCAAUCUUUACACACUUGAUAUUUUUAAUGAAUUUACAGGUAAUUUCUCAUGUUUCAAAAAGUUUCGAGCGAAGAACAAUAACUGUGGAGGAUUGGUGAAGAGAAAGAGUCUGCCCAGUCCUGACAAAUGUUGCUCAGAUAUAGGCCAAGGAUUUACACUCCAAACAUUGGAUAAACUGGGGAAGAACAAAUAUACAUGUGUAUCAUGUAAAGAAUGGGAAAGACAAAAAGAUAAGGACCCUGAUACAACAACAUCUUUACCAGAGGAUGUACAUUGUUUCCGUAAGUUCCGAAAGAAGCAGCAAGUAUGUGGAGGUCCAAUCAAACAGCGCAAAGUGUCCACCGCAGAGGACUGUUGUUUUGGUCCAGGACUCGGGUUAACAACUGUAGGACUGGACAGAAAAGGGAAGAACAGAUACACGUGCAUGUCAUGUAUUGAAUGGAAGAAAUCACGUGGAUAUAUAACAACAUUACCUACAACAACAACAGAAAAGUCGUCUGGCGAGUGGGGACCAUGGGGUGAUUGCAGCACAACCUGUGGGACUGGCUGGCGGACACGAUACCGGGAGUGCAGUAGCUGUGAGGAGACCGGAGGGUUGAGCAUACAGUCUGAGCCGUGUAUCGUCCACUACUAUUGUCCAAUCGAUGGUAACUGGGGUGAAUGGAUGACAUGGAUGACGUGCACGGCGUCUUGUGGCGUCGGCAUCCGGCGGCGAGAGCGGUUCUGUAAUAACCCGAGGCCUAUGCACGGCGGCGAAGAUUGUGAAGGACCAGUGUUAGACGAAGAAUCGUGCAAUGAGGAGCCGUGUGCUGUUGAUGGAAACUGGGGCCAGUGGACACGGUUUGGUAUGUGUAGUCGAACUUGUGGGCGAGGAGAGAUGACGAGGACUCGUGAGUGUAACAGUCCCGCUCCUGCUGGGGGUGGGAGGCCGUGCCAUGGCGGUAGUGUAGAAACAAGGAGGUGCGAACGGCGGAAAUGUGCAAUUCAUGGAGGAUGGUCGACAUGGGAAGAAUGGUCUGGUUGCCCUGUCACAUGCGGUACAGGCGCACGCACGAGAUCGCGUGCUUGUAAUAGGCCACCGCCUAGAUUUGGAGGACGACACUGUGAUGGGUCUGAACUGGACACUGAUAUCUGUGAUAUUGGAACACCAUGCCCAAUACAUGGCGGCUGGUCAGAAUGGAGCGACUUCGGAAGUUGUCGGGCUGCACCAUGCCAGCGCGGUCACCGCAUCAGAACCCGGGUUUGUGACAAUCCCCGGCCGCGUAAUAGAGGGCGCAUGUGUCGUGGCCGCAGUGUUGAACGUGUAUCAUGCAUGAACGAACAGGGUUGUCCUGUUGAUGGCGGUUGGUGUGAUUUUGGACUCUGGUCUCCGUGUAGUGCCACGUGUCUCGGCUAUACUUCGACACAAACACGUUCAAGGGCAUGUCACUGUCCACCAUCACAAAAUGGCGGCAAAACCUGCGAAGGUGAAUAUUUGGAGACCAGGAAGUGUUCAGGGAAGGUACCAUGUCCAGAGUCACCGUCGGUAGAUGUUGAUGGUUGAUUUUAAGAUUACAGUUUCAUCGUUACCAAGAAAUGUUUGUUCGUGAAAUUUGCACGCAGGGACAUUCUCCUUAUCCGGUUUUUGAAAUGCAGCUAUUCAUUUAACAAACACAAAGUAUUUAAUUUUCACAGUGUUUAUGAUGGUGCGAACGCGUUUUGAAACACUGUAAACGUGUAGUGAUUUUAGUGACAUAUAAAAUCAUGCACAGAAAAAAAGAAACAAGGGUAAUUAAUGCUGUUUAUAUACAUAAAAGCAGCAGAGUUUUAAACACAAGUCAGUUAUAAUUUAGGAAUGUCUAUAUUUACGAAUAAAACCAAGUCCUGCAAACUAAAGUGCGCUUGACCAGGUGGGACAGUAGCAAAUAAAUUU